UACGAGUAUACCUGCACUGUGUAUAGAUAGUCGAAUUUGGAUGAAGAGUUGACAUGUUGUUUAGGUAGCGGCUCAUUUUGGAGCGGAAUAGCCCUUUGAAGCAAGUCUUAAACAUGCAAAAUGGUUUUUGUGACUUAGUUUGGGUUUGAGGACAGGAUGUCGUCACACGGUUAUACUGGAACUUUUCGCUUUUAUUCUUUCUGUGUCUGUGUCAUGGCCACUGUAAGCCAUUUACUCUCCCAGUGUUGUUUUGACUUUCAAGUUGUGGAAGAUGCCAAAGAGAAGCAGAUAUGAAGCUCAAUGUGGCGUGCUGUAGCACCUGGUCAUAGAUCUUCACAUAGAACUUCAUUUCUUAGCAGAAAUACAUCCUCGCCUUCUGUUGGUCGCCAUUUUCAAACAUUCUGACAAUACACAAGAGAGGUGUAACAAGUCAAAGAAAGUAUCUCGUUGAAAAAUGUUGCUAUUAAGUUUAAAAAAGGACGAAAUUAGGGACGAAAAAUGAUGGCGGUCGACGCCUGUCACCAGUGUCCACAUCCAGGAACGCUUGGAGGAUUUUUGUAGGAGUAGGGCAUGGACCGAGUUCAAAUGCUCGCGCGGGCCUCGCGCAGCGAUUAUCUCUUUGAAUAACCACAACAAUGUCGUAUCAUUGAACUCCGUAAAACUAGGUUGUCGUUUUCAAGGCAGUCAGCAACACACAUCUCCUGGUGAACAUGAGCAAUUUAUCGUCUCAGUCCAAACGAACUGAGCCUUUACAAGAUGACGGAGUGGACAAAGAGCACCUUCUGCACAAUUUCGUAGAAGCGAAGCAGAAGGUUAACGCUAAAUUCAGAGACCUUAAGAAGUAUCUUGAAGACUGUGAAAAAUUCUUAGCUGAGUUCAGAAAAGCUGAUGAAAAUGAACGAGACAUCAAGAAAUUCUCAAGCAAGGUGUCAGGCUAUCUGGCUCAGGUUUCACGCAUCUCAGAGGUACUAUCAAGGGACCAGAUAAAGAUGGCCUUCUUUGGAAGAACCAGCAACGGAAAGAGCACUACAAUAAAUGCCAUGCUUCAAGAUAAGAUCUUACCAACAGGGUUGGGCCAUACUACAAAUUGUUUUCUCAGUGUACAUGGUUCAGAUUUACCAGAUCCAUAUAUCUUGGUUCCAGGGAGUGAUGACAAGAGGAAUGUGAAGUCAUUAGAUGAACUUGCUGAUGCCUUGUCCAAAGAAAAGCUUGAUCCUAGCAGUCUUGUUCAAGUGGUUUGGCCAAAGUCCAGAUGUACAAUCUUGUCAGGGGAUGUUGUUUUGGUGGAUAGUCCUGGUACAGAUGUAAGCCCUGAUUAUGAUGGUUGGAUUGAUAAGCACUGUUUGGAUGCUGAUGUGUUUGUCCUGGUUGCUAAUGCUGAAUCAGCACUCACGGUUACGGAGAAAAAAUUUUUUCACAAAGUGAAUCAGCAUCUUUCAAGACCAAACAUCUUCAUUGUACAUAACAGAUGGGACGCAUCUGCAUCAGAACCAGACAAGAUGGAGCUGGUGAAAAAUCAGCAUCUCAGUAGAAGCAUCAGUUUUCUUGUUGAUGAGCUCAAGUGUGUAGACAAAGGAAAGGCAGAAGACAGAGUGUUUUUUGUCUCAGCUAAAGAGACCUUAAUGACCAGAAUGCAGAAACACCAAGGAAUGCCUCAAGGAGGUGGUGCCAUUCAUGAUGAAGGAUUUUUUGCUCGGCAGUUGGAGUUUGAGAACUUCGAACACAAAUUGGAGGAGUGUAUUUCUAAGUCAGUUAUACAAACCAAGUUUGAAGCUCAUGCAUUCAGUGGAUUGAAAAUUGUGAACACAUUAAAGGAUUUCAUGGAACAAAGAGUGGAUUCUGCAUCUCAGCAAAGAUCUAAACUGGAGAAAGCCAAGAAGGAGCAAGAGAAUAGACUGGAAUAUGUGAAGGAACAGCUUAGAAUUUAUACAAGUGACACCGAACUCCAGAUCAAGGAAAUCACCUCUAAAGUUCAGGGUCAGGUGACUGAGGCUAUGAGAGAAGUGAUUGGUCAACUGGGCUUGCUGGUAAAUGAGUUCGAUCAUCCAUUCCAUCCUCAUCCUGAGUCCCUCAAAUCAUACAAAAAGGAGCUGUACUAUCACCUCAAGAGGGGCUUGGAGAGGAAUAUGACGGCUUGUUGUUCUAAUUCUCAAAUUCAAGUGAUUUUUGAGGAACUAGAAAAAACUGAAGAUGGCCUUUGUAGUCUUCUGCCUGAAACACCAGAGGUAUCUCUUGAGCCUGACACUCUAGCUCUUGAUUUCCAAGCGAACUUCGAACUGGAUGUGCCCCGUCUGUGCACUGAUUUUCGUGAAGAUAUCGAGUUUCACUUCUCUCUUGGCUGGCAAGCGAUUUUGAGGAACUUCUUGGCGCCUCGUUAUCCUGGACUAGCCAUCGUUUUGGGAGCGAAUAUUCAGCGAAAUGAGCAGAGCUUGGUACUUACCGCACCAGCUGUCGUGCAAAGGCUAGCUUCACCAACAAUUCCCGCUGGUACAAUGGUACUCAUAGUUGGAGGACUGCUUUGGAAGAUUGUAGGAUGGUGGUUCACGGCUUUGUGUGGUGGAGUGUAUGUAAUGGAGAGGGUAUGUUGGACCAAUUGUGCUAAAGAGGAAGCUUUCAAACGACAGUUUGUGGAUUACGCUUCUGAAAAGCUUCAGUCAGAAGUCAGCGUCAUGAGCGCCAAGUGCAGUGGACAAGUGCGACAAGAACUGACGUCAACCUUCACGAAGCUUGAGUCUCUGGUUCAGAUAGAAAUGGAAAAUUUGGAAGAAAACAUCAUCAAACUGGAUCAAGAAAUAACAAGACUUGAGAAAAUCGAAAACAAAUCGAUAAUAUUAAGGAACGAAGCAAGUCGGUUGGAAAGCGAACUGUCCCAAUUCAUCACCGAGUUUUGUUUGGAAAAGAGCAAGAUUUGAAAUGAUGACUUCUUGAAAUCCAAAGACUUCUGAAAAUUAAGUCUAUAGCUCGCGUAACUGGAAAGUUUUAGUUGGUCAAAGAAGAUUUAUGCGGCCGACCAGUAGUUUAUUUUUUCACGUUCCCCUUGUGACUUCACCGCUCAUUCGCGCAGUUCUGUCACCCAAAACUGCCACAAAACUGUUAGUUAUGCAGGCUUUAUCAUCCCUAUCUACUUAGUUUAUUUUUCAUGGCCAUGAAGCGUGUAGAUCUACUUAGAAAAAGCUUUCCAUUCAGUUAAAAAAAAAAAUAAUAAACACGCUACAUGGCUUAGGCGUUACGAAUGUUUUUCGAAGUGGUUUCUCUUUUCUACAUGAUGUAAGAGAGGACUUCUCUAAGAGUUCUUCGAAAGUUUGGUGGCUCUGUCUGAGGUUCUUUUCACUGUCAGUAUGUUUUAGAGGUUGUUAAGAAAUGCCGGUUAAAAUUAUUAGUCAAAAGGUAGUAUCUAUCAGAUGAUACAGGUCACAUCCCGAGGCAUGCAAUGCGAAUAACUUUUCCUGACUAAAGUACACAGAUGCUUACCCUACAAAACAUAAUCAGAUGUGAAUCGGUUUAUCUUAUUUUAAGAAAUUUAUUAAAAAUACGAAUGGACAGUUAACGACUGUUAGGACGCUCAAGACCGCCGCCUGGUUAGCUCAGUUGGUAGAGCGCCAGUCUGCUGUGCGGGAGGUCGAGGGUUCGAGCCCCAGACCGGACCAACACUCAGGGUCUUAAAAUAACUGAGGAGAAUGUGCUGCCUUUGUAAUUGUACCAGCAAAUGGUGAGACAUUCAAGUCUUCUCGGAUAAGGACUAUAAUCCUUAGGGUUUAGUGUUACAUGGUCAGCAGGGGACGUUAAAGAACCCACACACUUGUCGAAAAGAGUAGGGGGCGUAGUUCCCGGUGUGGUGGUCUAUCUCUUGUUUCAUUGUACAUUUCAUGCAUGGGCUGGGUGGGUGAGUGGAAUCAAAUAUGGACUGAUAGCGGCAGCCAGAGGCGCCUUUACAAGCUGACGUUCGGUCUCACUCAAUUAGAAUUGUAAACCGCCUUGAGACAGUAUGUGAUAUGUGCGGUAUAUAAAUACACAUUCAUUCAAGUGUUCUUGUCUUUUUACGUCCGGCAGACGGACUGAAAAAUUACAGAUUGGUCAGUCUUUAUAAUGUUCGUAACUAAUGAGAUUAAAGGGUAAUUUUGUGUUAUCAACUAAGUUGACAACUUAAAAUUAAUUGUUUGAAAUAAACAGAAGUGGUCUGAUUGUC